CAUACAGGGUUUUCUUUGUUGUGUUUUUUUGUUUUUUUUGUUUUUUUUUAUAUAGUAAAGACGGUGCAAUACAAUUCUGGACUGAACACGUUAGCUGGUACCACGAAACUAUACAUCUUUACUAAUAAACACUGAGACUAAUAAUAUGUUUGUAAACAUCAGGCAAUUAUAUAAUAUGAAGUAUAGGCGCGUUUUUAAAAUGUAGUAUGUUUAAAGUGAAUUUUGGACUGAUAAGUUUGGUUAGUCAUAUGUCAACGAAAGAAGAUACGCUUAUCAUCAAACAUACUGAGGGAAGGUAUUUCUUUAUGGUGAAGACCAUACAUUUGCUCAGAACUUUAAAACCACUUUAGGCUGUUUAACAUAAUAUUAAUAUAUAGGUUUAACAUUCUGGAUUCAACCUUACAGCGACAUGCAGAUUUGAUUGAAAAAACCCUUUAGGACAACAACUAGAAAAUUGUGGCAGCACCGAAUGUGCUUGUUUGCAGCUACCAGAGAUGGACUGGCAGGGAGAGUAUCUGCAGGACCAUUCGUUUUUAGACUGCUUACUCGGUGGUGUGCCUGGGAAUUUGGAACUGCAACAAGUACUUGGUGACACAGAGGAGAAGCUGAAGUUGAAUGCCUUGUGCAUUGAACAGAGACUGAAGGAGCUGCAGGUGGAACUGAAUGAUACCUGGACAGAAGAGAAGCUGCCAUGUACGACUGACAACCCUCAGUGGUUCAACCCCAGCAAUUUCAGCUCACUCAAACCAUCCUGUACUGGCCAUCAGGAGCUACUGGACUUCCUAAAAGCCCUGCAACAUUUCCUGAAGACGGAGCAAGGUCAGGAGGAAACGUUGCUGCUGCUCCUGCUUGACAUCUCCUCUCAGUGUGGUGUCUCCUUCCCAUCUCCUCCGAGCGGAUCGUCCUUCCAGCUGACCUCCAGAACAUCCCUACACGCCGUCGGGGAUGACUUCUCCAUUGAUGUCCAGUCAGUGUGGGAUGACGUGCGGCUACACCUCAGACGCUUCCUGGUAGACAGACUGCAGUGCAGCCAGGAGGUGGGUCAUCAGCUCCAUCACAGGGUGGCCUUCAAGACACAGUGUCUUCAGCAACUUCUAUUCCUCUACCCGGAGUCAGAGGUCCUGUCAAAGUACCAGAGCAUCCAGAGCAAAGUAGUGCAGGAUCUCCUGCAAAACUCUGUGCUCUCCAGCCCUGGAGAAACCAAUUUUGACAAACUGGUCCAAGCCCACCAGACAGGCAUCCCUUCUAUCUGCUCCAUGAUCAAGGAAGAUCUGCAAACACUCAACGGAAUUCUGGAGCCUUCAAUGGCCCUAAAGUUUCUUAACGAAACAUACCUCGCCAACAUUACUGACGAGUUGUCCACUCUGAUCGAGAAGAUUUGUGACCUGCAGUUUAAAGAAAAUGUAAUGCACACCACCAAAAUGGGCAAAAGCAAGCAGAAAGGAGCAGUGCACGCUAUAGAUCUGCAGGAACAGCCUAAAAAAGGGAGGAAUUUCUGCCUGACCUCACAUCAGUUGAGGUGUCUUGCCCAACUCAUGAAAUCCCUUUUGUGCAUGGAGGAAAGAGUAGAGGAACUUGCUACUGAAGUUUCCUUUCUGAACUGUGGAGGGGAGGCUGCCAGCAGCAUACAAGGAGUGUUAAACAAAACAUGUGAGGACACUGAUGUGACCCCAGCUGAGAACAGUAAGCAAACUGCUGAGCAGCUACUACAGGUCACAGAGCCUACUGUGCUGGAGUUUAAUUGGAGGUGUGCUUUCAAAGACCUUGCUCCUGCUGUAGCCCACUGCGUCAAGGUGGUGCUGGAAGACAUCUGUGUGAAAAGCUUAGAGCAGGAGGAGAACAUCCAUUCAUCAGGCUCCUCGAGUGUCAUGGGUCUUUGGAGUCUGCAGCAAGAGGGUCAGAUCUGCUUACCAAGCAGGACGGAAGAACCACCACAGAGAAUCGCCAAGUUCUGCGCUGACAUCAUGGAAGAACUCGACACAUUGCUUCCACUUGCCCUGGCAUGCCGAGAGGACUUUCUGCAGGAAAUUAGAGCAAACUUUGUGGAGGUCUGCAGCAAAGUGACAGCAGCUGUUCUUACAAGGCUGGAGGAGAGGAGUAAGGAGGUUCCCUUGAAAUCGCCCAUUCAAAACCUGCACACCCUGCUCUCCACUGCCAUCCAUGUCCUCCAGCGUUUGACCCAGUAUGAGGCCAGGCUGAAGGAUGCUAGCUGCAAGCCCCUCUUCCCUCUACCAGUCCAGCGGUACCAGAAAUUGAUCAGUGCCCUCCAGGAUCAAGUUACCAGCUACUGCGUCACAGUCUGCGCCACGAGCAUCCUGCAGGAUCCCGAGAGCCACAACUGGGGUGACCCCAAGGUUUUUUAUGAGGGGGAGAGGUGCUCGUUUUCCAUCCAGAUGUGGCACUACUACCUCUCAGCUCUGCGGCAUGAUCUCUGGAAUGUGCUUCCCCCCAGCCUUGCCCAGGAGAUCCUAGCACAGGUGCUGAGCCAGACUUUGGAAAUAUUAGUACAGAGGUACUCGCAGGCGUGCCCGACGUAUAGGAGGACCUUACAGAUCAGGACUGAUAUUACAGCCAUACUGCUGUGCACGGAGAACCUGAUCUGGUCGCUGUGUAGUACAAGAGAGGAGCUGCUUCAUCCAAGCAGAGAUAUCUGUCCCUGGAUCUCUUCUAUUCACAGCCACUGCAAUCACCUGCUUACUGCGCUAGCCAUUGUAACGUCACCCCUGCACAGUCUCUUUGAAACAUUUCAGAAGGGUCCGGGUGACCUUUCCUCUCUAUCGACUUCAGAAAACUCAAGCUACCAUCUCUUACAGUGGCUGCAUUUCAUUAAGCCAUCUUUGUUCUCUCAAGAAUCUCUCGGGAUAUUGGCAGAUGAUGAAAUGGCUUCCCAGCACUAUCUGAAAUUGAUGUUAUCCCAACCAAGUUGCACUCUGAGCUUGUUGCUGCAAACACUACUUCAUAACCGCUGCCUGAUACUAAAAGUGUUGCUAAAGAUUUCAAACUAUGAAACAGAUGAAAAAGGACUUGCCAUGGAGGCAGUGUUUAUGGUGUUGACCAGUUUAAAUAUCCUGCCCAAAUCACUCUAUUUUGUUCUUGAAAGCUAUCUUGAUGAGCAACAGUUAUGGGAUCAUUUGUAUAACCUGCCAGAUUCCAGCAAACCAGAGACAGAGGUCCUGAAGUGUCUGAGACUCAUCGUGACCAAGCCCAUCAUGAGCGCAGUGAACCAGAUAAUGUCCAUGGUGUACGCAUGGGACGCGGCUGAGCAUCAUGGGACAUGCCAGCAUAGACACAUGGCUCCUGAGAGUCUGCUGAAUAAAAUCCCCAAGGACUGGAAUUAUGUACCCCCAGAAUUGAAAAGGAAGGAGUCUGGAAAAAGUUUUACAAGACUAGUGGCACAAGCGGUUUCCUUCAUAUUCACCAACUUGCCAACCAUGAUUGCCUCCUUGCCUCUGGCAGUGAAAUACCUCUUUUAUAUAGGAGAGAAGAAGCUUUCUCCAAAUACUGUCCCCCUCAAACAAACUGGCCUGCUCAUCUGGACCUUCACAUCAUACCUCUGCCAGAUGCUGGACGAUGGAAACGCCAUUGAGCUGCUGACAGGGGUCGCUCUGGACAGGUGGAGCAAGGAGAAACUGGGCUUGCUGAGUGAGUGUCUGCAGAACAUUGUGGGGCAGCAAAAGGGAAACCCCAAACCAGUGGUGCAGAAAAUUAUCCAAAAUAUGGAGGUACAGAGGCCGCAAUGGAUAAAGGGACAGCUACAGAAAGCAAGGAAGCUGUGCACUAAAGGGGCUUUUGAACAAGCAGAAAGCACUGUCGUGCAAGAGAAAGGGAGCGGGCCUGAAUUGACUGAGCAGAAAAUAGGCAUGAUGGUCUUGGAUAUCUGCCACAAACCAGGUGGCAGCGAGUACCUGAGGCAAAUUUAUCACAUCAUCCAACUCAAUGAGGAGUAUUUCAAAACCGAGAUUUCCACUGUAAAAGAUUCAGCAGCAGGAUCUCAUCAAAGACCAUUAAAGUUAAAUCAUAAGGAUUUGGAACAACAGCAGCAGCCCUCUGUUUUCAGGCCUCUAAAGGAGUUCUGCUGCAUUGGGAGCAAUAAGUUUGACCAGUCAGCCAUAACUGAGUGGGACUGGGACUGGUCGAAACUGCUGCCAGGUUAUCUGGGACUCAGUCAGGUGACCUUGAGGGCGCUGCUGGCGAACAGGUGGGAAAUGCAAGAAGCAGCCGCACUUGAAGAUGAAGAGAAGACCCUGGUGGAUCACUUGCAGAAAGCGUAUUUCGAUAAGAGUCAAGGAACAUAGAGCUACAGCUGUGAACUGCGAGAAACCAAAGAACACUACAAGACAAUUGCAAACAUUUUCAAUUAUAAAUGUGUUCACUAUAAAUUAGCACCGUUAAUACUGUUAAAUAUUUAUUUAGAAAACAUCUUUUCUUUUUCAGUUUGAGUGAUAUUGAGGGUAGCAUUUAUUAUGUUUUGUUUGUUUUUUAAUAAGAAAUGGAUAUUCUAGAUAUGCUGGAAAUUUCAGUGAGACGGCUGACAAAAAAAUAAGUUUUACUGUUAUUGUGAGAGUGCUAUCUGGUGCAUCUUGAAUAUCUGAUUUACAAUUGUGGAGUGGUUUGCACAAAUUAAAUGUAUGUUUGGCAAUAAAGUUUAAAUUGAAUUUCAGAUGUUAGGCUUCAUCUGCAGUAUGUAAUCUACAAUUCAAGCUGCAAUCAGACAUCCCAAACUAGUCAAAGAUCAUGUACUGUAUGAAUCACAUGUUUAUUUAUAAUUUAAUUAAUCAACCUCCAUUUCCCUGGCAAGCUAAUAUACAGUACAAUCUAUUCACAGCCUUUAUGUUCAGCCUACAUAGUUUUUUUUCUGCUUGCCUCUAGCGUCCUACACAUUGGAUGCUCAUUAGCUAACUUUCUCCAUCAGCUCAAGUUGAAGAAAUUGAGUUCUGCCUGCCUGCAAUUCCAUCUGGACUGAAAGUCCCUAUUGAAAUCUUGAUCUGCUGCUGAUGGAAAUGAACGGAAAUACGUCUUAAACAUCACACAUUCAAAAGAUAGAAGCGUGAGAAAAACAAAACACAUUGAAAUUUUAAACAAAAUGCUUCCAAGUAAAUGUCCAAGAGUAAAGCAGCAAAGAGAAGCUGACACGAUUAAUAUUUAAAAAUCAGACUACAAAAAAAGGCUCUCCUGGAUUUUUCUCACAGGUUUGUUUAUGAAACCUAAAAAUAUAUUUUUAAGUGGAAGGCUAAUGUUCUAUUUAAAAAAGAAUGGCAACAUCUGUGAUCAAUUAAAGACCCAUUUGGAAUUUCCCAGCCCUUCAUAUGAAUUGUUCUCUGCUCUCACGAGGAAUGGAAAAUCAGUCCUUUCACUUUAAAGUAUUUACAGCUCUUUUUCUAUUGUGACAAAUUCUUUUUUCAAGCCCCCUUUUCAUGCUAUUGUGCAGAGAGUUUUCUCUGGUUAA